GCCGGGCGCGGCUCCCGCCGGCCCCGGAGAGGCGGCCCUGGCUCGCCGCCCGCCCCGGGUGGGGCCCGGCUGAGGCAAGCGGCGGGGCCGCCCUCCCGCCUGCCUCACUCGGCGCUCCCGGCACCUCGGCUCGGCGGGCGGGCGGACCGGCUUGUGACUCGGACUCGCACUCGGCCCCGGCCCGGCGGACCCCAGAGAUGGCGAAGUACACAAGAGGCACCGUGUCAGCCUUCUCUCCUUUUGAUGCCAGAGCUGACGCAGAAGCUCUUCGUAAGGCCAUGAAGGGAAUGGGGACUGAUGAAGAAACUGUUCUGAAGAUCCUUACCAGCAGAAACAAUGCUCAGCGUCAAGAAAUUGCAUCUGCCUUUAAAACCUUGUUUGGCAGGGAUCUUGUAGAUGACCUGAAGUCGGAACUUACUGGCAAAUUUGAAACGUUAAUGGUAUCUUUGAUGAGACCAACUUACAUUUUUGAUGCUCAUGCACUGAAGCAUGCCAUCAAGGGAGCAGGAACAAAUGAGAAAGUGUUGACUGAAAUUCUUGCCUCCAGAACACCUGCGGAAGUGCGGAAUAUUAAACAGGUUUAUCUGCAAGAGUAUGAGGCCAACUUGGAGGAUAAGAUCACGGGAGAAACAUCGGGCUAUUUCCAGAGACUGCUGGUGGUCCUGCUGCAGGCCAAUAGAGAUCCUGACGGCAGAAUUGAUGAGGGUCUUGUUGAGCAGGAUGCUCAGGUUUUGUUUAGAGCUGGGGAGCUGAAAUGGGGAACAGAUGAAGAGAAGUUUAUCACCAUCUUGGGAACCCGAAGUGUUUCCCAUUUAAGGAGGGUGUUUGACAAAUAUAUGACUAUUUCCGGCUUCCAAAUUGAAGAGACCAUUGACCGUGAAACCUCUGGUGAUUUGGAGAAGCUGCUUCUGGCAGUUGUGAAAUGCAUCCGAAGCGUGCCUGCCUAUUUUGCCGAGACUCUGUAUUAUUCCAUGAAGGGGGCUGGCACUGAUGAUGAUACCCUGAUCAGAGUCAUGGUUUCAAGAAGUGAAAUUGAUCUGUUGGAUAUUAGAAAAGAAUUCAGAAAGAAUUUUGCAAAAUCAUUGCAUCAAAUGAUUCAGAAAGAUACUUCUGGGGACUACAGGAAAGCACUCCUGCUCCUCUGUGGCGGAGAUGAUGACUAAUGGUGACAGUGGCACGAAGGAUUUGUUGUACUCCAGCUUUGCAGCCCUUUAGUUAGCAUGUCUAGCUGAGUUUUUGUAUCUUAAUGCUUUGCGGCUGUUUGAAUUUAUACUGGCAUUGCACUUAGUAAAAAUGAGCGUAUUGUUACCCAAGUGAUAGCUGAUCCCUCCUCUUCCUGACAUCCCAACUUCAAGGAAUUCAAGUGCCUUCUGUGAGUAUGUGAGAGUUGUCUUCAUGGAAGAUGGGUACUGACCACAGAACCCAGUUCUUUGCAAGUGUUUUGCUGAAAUAGGAAAAAAAAUAACAUAUUUCACUAAUAAUUUGAAGAUUAUCUUUUUUUGCUUUUAUUCCUUACAUUUCCAUUGAGUGUUAAGCUAGCUCUAACAUGGCAAAUGAAGAAAAGAUAACAUUUGUAUGUAAUAUUUGAAUGAAUUUGCUGAAUAUAAUACAAGCAAUCAUUGGAAAUCUAAAGGACCAAUAAAUUUUUUCCCUCUCA